CUGAGGCGCUGUUUGAUCUACUUCACCAGAAGAAGAGGGAGAUUCAAAACAGCUGCUGUGCCAGCGAUAAAGUUUUCAGCAUGCAUGCUUUUGGGAUCCUCUGUUCCCCAUCCCUUCCUCACCUUAGCCCUGUCAAUCAUGUUCAAUCCUGUUCUGAAUAUGGUUGAGGGGAUGGAGUCUGUUGUUGGGAGGCGUGGCUUUCAAGUGAUCUGGAAUGUACCAACAGCUCGGUGUCAGCGUCGAUAUGGAGUCUCCCUGCCACUUCAGCAGUACAACAUCAUACACAAUUCACACCAGAGAUUUCAGGGUCAAAAUAUGAGCAUAUUUUAUCAGCGCCGCCUGGGCCUCUACCCCUACAUCAGCCAUGAAGGGGUAAAAGUCAAUGGUGGUUUACCUCAAGAAGGAUACCUGAAGGCUCAUCUAUCCCUAGCAGAAGUGGAGAUCAGGGAAAAGCUGAGGUCGAGCUUCAGUGGAUUAGCAGUGCUAGAUUGGGAGGCAUGGGAGCCUGUGUGGAAGUGGAACUUCGGGACCAGAAUUGUAUAUCGGAAACUUUCUAAAAAGCUGGUUAGGUGGGAACAUCCAGAUAUGUCUGAGGAGGAAGUAAAAUCCAAAGCAAAAGUGGACUUUGAGUUAGCAGCAAGACAGUUCAUGGAAGAGACUCUGCGCCUUGGGCUUCGCCUCUGCCCAGAGGGAUUAUGGGGGUUUUAUGGAUUUCCAAGUUGCUAUAACAACAAUGGCCAAGGACAGAACGGGUACACGGGGAAGUGCCACAAUGGCACAGAAAUUUUAAAUGAUAGACUGGGGUUUCUAUGGCAACAAUCCACCGCACUGUAUCCAAGCAUUUAUUUGUGGCGUAAACUGGCCGGACACCCACACGCUCAGCUAAUGGUGAGACACCGUAUACUAGAAGCCCUCCGAGUGGCUUCUCAGCAUUCACCUGGCAGUGAACCACUUCCUGUACUUCCCUACACCCGAGUGGCAUUCAUUCACUCAUUGACGUUUCUGAAUCAGACAGAUUUGGAGCACACACUUGGUGAGAGCGCAGCUUUAGGUGCCGCGGGAGUUGUGUUAUGGGGUGAACUGAGUUUUGCUAAAUCCAAGCAUCAGUGCACUCUCUUGCAUGAUUACCUGAGCUCAGUAUUAGGAGAGUAUAUCACCGCACUGCGGGCCGGAGUGAGGAAUUGCAGUGAGAGAUUGUGUAACGCCCAGGGACGCUGCUCUCGAUGGGACCCUCACUCACAUCACAUGAUUCCGCUAAAUGGUGCCCAUGAUGCCCUUUCUCUCAGUGACAUGAGGUCAAAGUUCAAGUGUGUCUGUUAUGAAGGAUGGAGUGGAGAAAAGUGUGAGCGUAGAAUUUCUGAAGAACAGGUGUGAUGCCUGGAUUUCAUGUCUGAUUAUAAACAAAGAUGUGUUCGAAAAAUCAGAGAAAAGGCAAAAGUACAAGACUGUACUAACAGAAACACUCCACUUUCUUGUAAAUAGGCUCAUUUUACAAGUGCUCUACAGUUAAACAGUUGAGUUUUACCAUUUUUGAAUUCAUUCAGUCAAUGUCUGGAUUUGGCGGGGACACAUUUAGCUUAGUUUAGUGUAAAUCAUUAAAUUGGAUUAGAUUAUUAGCAUCUCGCUCAAAAAAAAGAGUUUCUAGUUGUGAAU